AUGGCGUUGUCGAGGCUACGGCAUCCAGUGAUCCGCCGCGCUCCGUCGCUUAUCAGGGCUCGAUUUUUGGCGUACUCAUCCUCUCGCUUACCCCUUAUUCGAACUAGCCAAUUAAACUCAACCAGUGAUGUUGCAGAUUCAUUACUAAGACCAUCAGCCUUUUCGCCGACCAUUGGUAUUCGUGAUGAUUCUUCCAAGACUAAGUUUCGAAUUGGUGUCCGCUACUAUUCAUCUGCAGAGCUGCCUGAGCAUACAGUGGUUCAAAUGCCUGCUUUGUCACCGACAAUGAGUCAAGGUAACAUAGCAAAGUGGAGGAAGAAGGAGGGGGAUAAGAUUGAUGUGGGGGAUGUAAUAUGUGAAAUAGAGACCGACAAAGCUACCCUGGAGUUUGAAAGCCUUGAGGAGGGGUUUCUGGCUAAGAUACUUUUGCCUGAAGGUUCAAAAGAUGUGCCUGUCGGACAGCCUAUAGCAAUUACGGUAGAGGAUGCAGAUGAUGUGGCUAAUAUUCCUGCAACAGUUAGUGAGUCAGAAGUCACAGAUAAAACUUCGAGUGAAAAAACUGUGGGGCAUGGUGACAGGAUACGAGAAUCAAGCUCAGGGAAUGUUAGCACAUCCAAACUUCCUCCACACAUUGUUCUUGAAAUGCCGGCAUUAUCACCAACUAUGAACCAGGGAAAUAUUGUAAAAUGGAGGAAAAAUGAAGGUGACAAGAUCGAGGUUGGUGAUGUUAUAUGUGAGAUUGAGACAGAUAAGGCAACCCUUGAAUUUGAAAGCCUUGAAGAAGGGUUCUUGGCCAAAAUUUUGGCUCCAGAAGGAUCAAAAGAUGUAGCUGUUGGGCAGCCCAUUGCAAUUACUGUUGAGGAUCCCAAUGACAUUGAAGCUGCAAAAGCAUCCACAGGUAAUCUGAGUGUGAAAGACGAAAUGCCUGUUCAACAGAAAACUGAAAAGGAUGUCGAACCUCAGAUGACAGGUUUCAGUCGAAUUAGUCCUGCAGCAAAGUUGCUAAUACUAGAACAUGGACUAGAUGCAUCAUCCAUAACGGCAUCUGGUCCCCGUGGUACUUUGCUAAAGGGGGAUGUUUUAAGUGCAAUAAAGUUGGGGAAAGGAUCUGCUAGUGUCCCUGGAUCUAAAGAAAAGGUUUCUUCAUCGCCUAUUCAAACUUCUGCCUCCUCGCCAGUGGGAUCAAAACCCUCCGUACAGAACACAGAUGCUUAUGAAGAUCUACCAAAUAGUCAAAUAAGAAAGGUCAUAGCUACAAGGCUAUUGGAAUCAAAACAAUCCACACCUCAUCUAUAUUUAUCUACAGAUGUUGUACUGGAUCCUCUUCUCUCGUUCAGAAAGAAUCUUAAAGCAAAGUAUGACGUCAAAGUCUCUGUAAAUGAUAUUGUAAUCAAAGCUGUUGCUAUUGCACUGAGGAAUGUACCUGAAGCAAAUGCUUAUUGGGAUUCCAACAAAGGAGAAAUGGUCUUAUGCGAUUCAGUUGACAUAUCUAUUGCAGUUGCUACAGAGAAGGGUUUGAUGACUCCAAUAGUUAGAAAUGCAGACCAGAAGUCUAUAUCAUCAAUUUCCUCAGAGGUUAAAGAACUCGCUGAAAAAGCACGGGCUGGAAAGCUCAAGCCACAUGAGUUUCAAGGCGGCACUUUCAGCAUCUCAAACUUGGGGAUGUUUCCUAUCGAUCAAUUUUGUGCAAUUAUAAAUCCGCCUCAGGCUGGUAUUCUUGCUGUUGGUCGCGGCAAUCAAAUUGUUGAGCCAGUUAUUGGAGAUGAUGAAUUUACUUGUGAUCAGUGUGUGUCCUAUUGUUUGGGUAAAACAAACACCCACAUAACCUUUACUUUUAGCUGA